AUGGCGACCAGGGUUGAAUCUCAUCUGAAACAAGAGGAGGGAGAGAAUGGGCAUGGAGGGCAGGUUUGUCCGCGUACCCACAAGUGCGGCGAGUGCGGCAAGGCGUUUGGUUACCUGAGUUAUCUGAGGCGACACAUGCGGGCUCACACAGGAGAGAAACCUUACCGAUGUGAGGAAUGUAACGAAAGAUUUAGUCUGCUUAGUAAUCUGAAGAGACACAUGCGAACUCACACCGGUGAGAAACCGUACAGGUGUGAGGAAUGUGGAAGGCAGUUCAGUCUGCUAGAUAGUCUGACGAGUCACAUGCGGACUCACACUGGUGAGAAACCGUACCGUUGCGAGGAGUGCAGUAAGCAGUUCAGUGAUCUGGCUAAUCUUAAGAAACACAUGAGAAUUCACACAGGCGAGAAACCGUACAGCUGUGAGGAGUGCAGCCGGUCGUUUAGUACACUGUCACAUUUAAAGAUACACAUGCGGAUUCACACUGGCGAGAAACCGUACAGAUGUGAGGAGUGCAGCAGGCAGUUCACCACAAGCAGCAGUUUAAAGAGACACGUCGUGCGAACUCACAGAGCGAAGAAACCGUACAUGUGUUAAAAAAGCAACAAAAACUUUCCUAAGAGUGCCAACUCACACUCCGGCGAAAGACUGUCAGUGUCUUUGUAACGGUUACUCAGUGGCGAUGCUUUAAAUAUCCUGACUGUUUGAUCUACAUGUAGUAGUGUACUCUCUACAUGACUCUACUGUGGAGUUAUAGCGCAAUAGAGGUGAUUUUAUAUAACGAUUGAUGGAUGCUUCGUAGCCUGUUGAUAGAGCUAGAAGUCAUGUGCAAAAUGUAAUACUGUAGUAUUUAGACAAUAGUUACAUGACAUGACACCUUUCAUUUAACGUCAAUGUGUCACUGUCCGUCUGUUAUAGAACUUAGUCGACUACAUGUAGUUUUCUUGUUAUAGUAUCUGUAAAUACACUAGAUAUUUAGCGUUUGGUUAC